AUGACCGAAAACGGAGAAGCAAAAGCGGCAAAACCAGAGGAGAUGACGUCAAAGGAUUACUAUUUCGAUUCAUAUGCUCAUUUUGGGAUUCAUGAGGAAAUGUUGAAAGACGAGGUUCGCACAGUCACCUACCGCAACUCAAUCUAUCACAAUAAGCAUUUGUUUAAAGACAAAAUUGUGAUGGACGUCGGAUCUGGAACCGGAAUUCUGUCGAUGUUUGCUGCAAGAGCUGGCGCGAAGAAAGUGAUAGCGGUCGAGUUCUCAGCGAUGGCCAUCCAGUCACGGCAAAUCAUCAGCGAUAACGGAUUGGAUCACAUCGUGGAGGUGAUUCAAUCAAAAUUGGAGGACAUCACCGAGUUGCCCGACGGAAUCGAAAAGGUUGAUAUAAUCAUCUCGGAAUGGAUGGGCUAUUGUCUCUUCUAUGAAUCGAUGUUGAAUACGGUGCUGAAAGCAAGGGAUCAAUGGUUGGCAAAAGAUGGAAUGAUCUUUCCUGAUCGGGCAAAGCUUUUCAUUUGCGCGAUUGAGGAUCGACAGUACAAAGAUGAUAAGAUUUAUUGGUGGGAUAGCGUUUACGGCUUCAACAUGUCAGCCAUUCGCAAAAUAGCUAUUCGUGAGCCACUCGUCGAUUGUGUUGACCAUGCACAAGUCGUCACAAACAAUUAUUGCUUAAAAGAGAUCGAUCUCUACACGGUGAAAAUCGAGGAUCUCUCGUGGAAAACCGAUUUCGCGUUGCGUGUCGCCAGGGAUGAUUAUGUACAGGCUCUUGUCACUUUCUUCACGAUUGACUUCUCGAAGUGUCACAAGAGAACCGGCUUCUCAACAGGACCUGACGCAAAAUACACGCAUUGGAAGCAAACAGUUUUCUACUUUCUCGACGCGAUGACCGUGAAGAAAGGCGAGGAGAUUUUGGGGAGUUUCUCGAUGGCGCCGAACGGGAAAAAUGAGCGCGAUUUGGACAUGGUGAUCGAAGUGAAUCACCGGGGAGAAGUCGGCGAAUUGCAUGAGCAAAACACGUACACGAUGCAU